GGAAGCUCACGCAUUUUGUGUGUGGGACAAACCAAUGCCUUGUAUGAAGCUGUUGUCUGAAUGAAUACCUCCAGCAUUAAUCCUUGUCUUGGAGGAUGCCAGGAAGGUUCCAUGACAGCAGGACAGCACGUGCAGCUCUGCGUAGCAACCAUCAGACAUCAGUGCUGAGAGUUGGAAGAGAAUGUGAAAUGAUUCCUCUGUGUUUGUGGCUCGAAUGAGGGCUAACUGGGAGCUUUGUGUGGAGGAAGAGAGUAUGUGGAAGUUUAAUAGAUGGCUCAAGUGGUCUCCAAAGCGAAUGUUGGUUGUGUUACAAGAAUACAGGAGUAAGCACAGAGCUGUAAUACCUGAUAAGUUGUCACCAAGAACAUGAUAGCUAACUUUGGGCUGUGCGAGCUAUGUAGAGAACAAGUGAAGUGCUUAGAGGCACCUGUAUUACUGGGUGAGGGGCAAAAUAUUACGAGAUCCUAAGUGUUCAGACAGUUAUCAAUUCAGUUUAUAUAUAUAAAUCAUUAAUGAGUACUGUGAAAGGCAUUGCUGAAAUCCAGAGAACUCACAGAGCAUCAUGUAAUAGCCAUCCCUUGUGAGUAGGUUGUGUGUAUUCUGUUUCAAUUAAACAGAUUUUUAAUGCACAAUUCUUUCCAAGUAAUAUCUGCAGUGUACCUUAGGUGAAUUGAAAAUGUUACCAAUCUUAAGUAAUUUAAAAAAUAGGAAUCCUUAGGCUCAGCUUGUCACUAAGCCAGUUACUUAAGGUGGUUUGAUAUUGCAUAUCAGUCUUUGGGGCAACCAAAACGUGUAGGCCAGUCAAUCCCUCAUUUCUGUUCUUGGUGCAUUUAAAGAAACUGGAACAUAAAACUGAAGAGAGAAUGUGACCUUAAGGUAGGAAUUUCAGUCAAAGUGUUCUCUAAUGUUUCUCCUAAUAAAUAAAUACAGUGAAAUACAGACGUUGAUGGAAAUAGAAACAGAAGUUCUCAAAGGAGUUCUCAUUAUGAAAAUUAAUGGUAUUGUUUGUAUGUAAACUUGGUAAGAUUAGACACCCAUAGGAUUGCAGUAGUCCUCAUGUUUCAAAAUUGAGUUCAGACCGGGAAGAAGCAUAUCCUGUAAAAUAUUGAUGAUCUCUAGUGAGAUCUCCAUAGAUCUCACCUAAAAUAUGACUGUGUGUUCUGGGCUGAAUUGGAAACAAGGAAGGUGAUUAUUCCCCUCUACUCUGCCAUCAUGAGGCCCUAUCUGAAAUACUGUGCCCAGGUCUGGGGUCCCCAGCAUUCAGAAGAUGUGGAACUGUGGGAGCAUGUUCAGAGGAAGCCACAAAGGUGGUCAGAGGGCUGGAGCACCUCUGCUACGGCACUUCAAUGAUUCUGGACCACUGUUGCUGAAAUGAUACUACAAAAAGCAGUUGUCACACUGAAUUUGUUGGAUGAAACCCCAAUAUUUUCUUUCACUCAAGUGGGUAAAAACCCCUAACUGCAGUUUACAUGUGUGGGUCAAUACGUUACUGCUUUAGUCAUUGUCUCUAUGCAGCAAUGACAAGGCUGGAAGAAGCAAACAGAGAAGUGAACAUGCAUUCGUCAGUCAGAUAUCUUGGCUAUCUUGCCAGAAUCGACUUGCUGGUUGCCGUUUGUAUGGGCCUUUAUGUCAGGUGGGAAAAAACUGCAGAUGCACUGAUUUUGGUAAUAUUUAUUCUUGGACUGUUUGUUCUUGGAAUUGCCAGCAUACUGUACUACUAUUUUUCAAUGGAAACAGCAAGUUUGAGUCUCUCCAAUCUUUGGUUUGGUUUUUUGCUUGGCCUUCUCUGUUUUCUCAAUAAUUCUGCCUUCAAAAAUGAUGUGAAAGAAGAAGCUACUAAAUAUCUACUCCUUUCUGCCAUUGUUUUGAGGGUACUGUGUUCUUUGGUUGAGAGGAUUUGUGGAUGUAUCCAUCAUCGACCGACUCUGCUGACAACAGUUGAAUUUUUGGAGCUAGUUGGAUUUGCAAUUGCCAGCACAACUAUGCUGGUAGAAAAAUCUAUGAGUAUUAUUCUGUUGGUUAUAGCUUUGGCCAUGCUGAUUAUUGACUUACGUAUGAAGUCUUUUUUGGCAAUUCCAAAUUUGGCCAUUUUUGGAGCCAUUGCAUCCUUACUCUUUUUUCCAUCACUGCAAAUUCCCACAAACCCUUUUGCCUUGGCCUGUUUCUUCAGCUGCCUGAUUUCGGAUCCCCUUCUCGAUGUCUACUUCAGUGGACUUUCAGUUACAGAACGAUGGAAGCCCUACCUGUACCGUGGUAAAAUCUGCAGAAGGCUUUCUGUCGUCUCAGUGGGAGUCAUUGAACUAAUCUUUUUCAUUCUUGCUGCCUUCAAGCUACGGUAUUUGGAUCUCUGGUACUUUGUGAUACCUGGCUUUUCUAUCUUUGGUAUUUUUUGGAUGAUCUGUCACGUGAUCUUUUUUAUAACUCUUUGGGGAUUUCACACAAAGUUAAAUGACUGUCAUAAAGUGUACUAUACCCACUGUGCAGAAAACAACAGCCUUGACAGAGUUAUGGCAUCUAAAGGAAUGCGUCACUUCUGUUUGAUUUCAAAACAGCUAGUAUUUUUCAGCCUUCUCGCAACUGCUGUUUUGGGGGCAGUUUCUUGGCAACCAUCCAACGGGAUCUUCAUGAGUGCAUUUCUCAUUGUUUUGCCUCUGGAGUCCAUGGCUCAUGGGCUGUUCCAUGAGUUGGGGAACUGUCUGGGAGGAACGUGUGUGGGGUAUGCUGUUGUGGUUCCCACCAACUUCUGCAGUCCUGACGGCCAGCCAACUCUUCUUCCACCUGAUCAUGUGCAAGAGUUAAACCUGAGAUCUACAGGCAUGCUUAAUGCCAUCCAAAGAUUUUUUGCAUAUCACAUGAUUGAGACAUAUGGUUGUGACUACUCUACAAGUGGACUGUCCUUUGAUACCCUUCACUCCAAGAUCAAGUCUUUUCUUGAACUUCGGACCGCAGAUGGACCCAGACAUGAUACAUAUAUUUUAUAUUACAGUGGUCACUCACAUGGCUCUGGUGAAUGGGCACUGGCAGGAGGUGAUGCUUUGCGACUUGACACACUUUUGGAGUGGUGGAGAGAAAAGAAUGGCACUUUUUGUUCUCGACUCAUCAUUGUUCUAGACUGUGAGAACUCUCAGCCUUGGGUUAAAGAAGUAAGAAAAGUAAACGACCAGUACGUCGCAGUGCAAGGAGCAGAGAUGGCCAGAGUUGUAGAUGUUGAGGAAGCAGACCCUCCGCAGCUUGGAGACUUCACCAGGCAAUGGGUUGAGUACAACUGUAACCCUGACAGUAACAUCAGCUGGUCAGAAAAGGGACGUACAGUGAAAGCGGUGUACGGCGUGUCGAAACGCUGGAGUGACUAUACUCUGCACUUGCCAACAGGAAGUGAUGUUGCCAAACACUGGAUGAUCUAUUUCCCACGUGUUACCUAUCCAUUAGUGCAUCUGGCAAACUGGUUUUGCGGUCUCAAUAUGUUCUGGGUCUGUAAAGCGUGUUUUAGGUGCUUGAAAAGAUUGAAAAUGAGUUGGUUUCUUCCUACAGUGUUGGACACGGGACAGGGUUUCAAACUCGUCAAAUCCUAAUUAGGAACCAAAGAGAAAAUGAAGUGAGGGCUCUGGGAACUUCCUCACAGGUUUUUUUAUAUGACUGUUUUCUCUGAAUAAAUCUGCUGCACUCAC